UUCUCUAUUUAAAUCCUCACUCUUCUCGCUUUUGCUAUCGCUCGCUAGCUUUCCUAUAGCUAGUUAUCCUGCAGCAAUUUUGAAUUUUUAUAACUUAUUAUAUGCAUCUCAUUAACUCUAAUUAAUAGCUAACUUCCCUCCCUCUCUCUCUCUCUCUCUCUCUCUCUCUCUCUCUCUCUUCCCUUAGCUGCUUAUGGCACCCAAGAACAGUGAGGCAUCUACUAAUAGUAAGAUGGUCAUGAACAAAGGGGCAUGGACAGGUGAGGAAGAUAGAAAACUGGCUGAGUAUAUUGAAGUUCAUGGUCCCAAGAGAUGGAAAACAGUUGCAAUGAAAGCAGGUUUAAACCGAUGCGGGAAGAGUUGCAGAUUGAGAUGGUUGAACUAUUUGAGACCCAACAUCAAGAGAGGCAACAUUUCAGAUGAAGAAGAAGACUUGAUUCUCAGACUUCACAAACUACUCGGCAAUAGGUGGUCAUUGAUUGCUGGGAGACUUCCAGGACGAACAGACAAUGAAAUAAAGAACUACUGGAAUUCUCAUUUAAGCAAGAAAAUUAAUAAAAAGGAGAAGAAACCUGCAGAGUGUUCAACUCCACAGGACAGCAUCACCGAGAAGACAUGUGAAGCUGUUGCUACUGGUCAAGAAACGGUGGAAGAGAGUAGUAAAGGAGCUGCAAUCCCGGAGCUUAGCUUCGAUGUAAACGAGUUAUUCGACUUAUCCACACAAGGAACGUACGAUUUGGAGUGGGUGAACAAGUUUCUUGAACUUGAUGAGGAUCCAUGGCUUGCCGUUGCCGAAGACAGGUGAGCAUUG